ACGGGCGCCGGUGUCAAAAACGAGACGCUGGCGCCGUUUCACGAAUUUUUCGCCAUUUCGCGAAUUUUGCACGAAAUUCGCACAUUUUCUGGCGAAGCGAAACGGCGCAAAUUCGCCAUCACUAGAAUCGAGUUUUUCUCCCAAAAAAAAAAUGCCAGGGAGGCUAUUAACAUCUCCAAUGGACCUCUGCUAUUGACUUGUCCAUGAACUCGGCAGUUUUUAUUUGGUGAAUAUUCAAAUUCGGACUGUUUCCAUGGUCGAGGUAUGAUAAAUCUCACAUUCAAAUUUACAUUUGAAUAGGGGGAUUAAUUUUGAUUUUGAAACUCAAAAAUUCAAAUUUGAAUUUAUUAUUUGACCCUUGAUAAAUCUGCCCCUAAGUAAUCAAACACCGAAACUUGCCAAAUUCUGUCUCUGACCUCUAGUAGAUUAUAACCUGGUAUUUUUGAAUGAUUCUAACUUCUGCCUUAUUGUUGAUUCAAUUUAUCCGCAGAUUCCCCCCAGCCAGUCCCCAGGAUUCUUCCAUGUACUGAGCUUCUAAAGGGAGAUACUGGAACCCCCGGGCCACGAGGGUUGAAAGGAGAUCCUGGUAUCAAUGGGACAAAUGGGCAAAAAGGUGAUCCUGGGCAAAUGGGAGAACAAGGUCCAAAAGGAGAAAGAGGAGCUGGAGACGUAUUGUACAUUGGAAGGAACUGCAAAGAGCUGCUGGAUCAGGGGGUGGUAAUAAGUGGUUGGUACAUGAUAUAUCCGGAUGGAAUGGUGCCCCUGCAAGUGCUGUGUGACAUGGACACUGAUGGGGGUGGUUGGAUAGUUUUCCAAAGACGCUACGAUGGCUCAGUAGACUUCUACCUUGGCUGGGAUUCCUACAAGAAGGGGUUUGGCAGUCGCCUGACUGAGUUCUGGUUGGGGAAUGAUAAUCUCAGUAAUUUAACAUCAGCAGGUACAUGGGAUCUGCGUGUAGAUCUGAGAGACUUUGACAACGCAGCUUAUUAUGCCAAGUACUCAUCCUUCCGCAUUUCACCCGCCUCUGACAAUUACGCUUUAACAAUUGGUUCAUUCAUUGGUGGUAAUGCAGGAGAUGCCUUGAGUUACCACAAUGGAGCAAGUUUUUCUACCAAGGAUAGGGACAAUGACCGCUACUACAAUAACUGUGCUGUUCAAUGGCCGGGAGCCUGGUGGUUCAAUAACUGCUUCUUAUCAGACCUCAAUGGAGUCUAUCGGCUGCAGCAGGACAGCAGUGCCAUUGGUAUUGUGUGGGCCUUUGCCAACACUGCCAUCAAUAAUUAUUCCUUCAAGAUUUCAGAAAUGAAGAUCAGGCCUGUGUAAGGACAUGGGAGAAGCAGAAGAAUCAGACUGGGUGCUUAUGGAUAAGGUGUCAGUCCUUGUUAUUGUCAUACAGUCAGUGCUAUAGGGACAGAACUGAACCCAGGACCAAACUCUGUAAUGUAACAGUAGUAAUAGUAAUGCAAUGUAGACCUUUUACCCAUCUAUAUGACUUCUACUAGUGAUGUCAAGAAUCUCCUGACCCCUAAUUUGCCCAAACCCAGCCCAAGGGACAUAUUUAUACCUGUGCCUGCUCCACCCUUUAUGGUGACAUGAGAGGUGACAUCAGUGUAGAGACACCAUCCUACCAACGAAUGUUAGAGAAAUAAGGAGACCGUCUACAGCAGGGAUCCUCAACCUUUUGAACCUGUGAGCAACAUUCAGAAGUAAAAGGAGUUGAGGAGCAACACUAGCAUGAAAAAUGUUCCUGGGUGCCAAAUAAUUGCUGUGAUUGGCCAUUGGGUAGCCCCUAUGUGGAUUGUGAUCCUAAAUUGAGGCUCUGUUUGGCAGUACAUCUGGUUGUUAUACAACCAAAACUUGCCUCCAUGCCUGGAAUUUAAAAAUAAGCUCCUACAUUGAGGCCACUGGGAGCAACAUCCGAGGGGUUGGAGAGCAACAUGUUACUCACGAGCUACUGGUUGGGGAUCACUGGUCUACAGCAACCCGCUUGCACCUGGGCAGUACCCCAAGGAAAGAUAUCACUCUCUUGCUUUCAUUAUUCUACUGGCACCAGAGAAAAAGCUAAUCAAUGAUGGGAACCUUUGGCUUCUGUCCAGGUGCCAAUUUGCCCAACUUUUGUGUUGCAGAAGUUAAGAAGUGACCAAUUUCCAACUUGAAGUGAAGUACUAUGAUGGAGCCGCACACACACACAAUAUUAUGCAGUUGAGGAGAUGACCCCAUUUAUUGAGUCACCAGGAUAUCAACAUUUCAGGGGGGUACAACCCUCCCUUCCCAACCCUGCCCAACUUGAGCCAAAUGCACAAGCUUCAACCAGAUCCUGUCAGAUCCAUGGUUAAACCCAAAGGUGUUGCAACUAUUGGACCAGUCUGAGCUUCUGCCACUGCUUCGAGGGUUCACUCUCAGCCGUAACAUUAAAGCCCUGCUGUCUCAUUGAUCAAUACACUGUAACUGAUCCCCUGUACUGUACCCCUGGCUUCUGUCUGUCGUACAAAUUGUAUUCCACCUCCCCAAUAAAUAAAUAAAUGAGUUAAA